AUGAUCUAUUCGCUACUUCUACUGGGUGCAGGUCUAGCUUCGCAGGCCUCAGCAGCAUGUACCCGAGAAUUGCUUCAGGAGGCUACGGCGGCAUACGUCAAAGCUCAAGCUGCCGGAGACCCGAAUUUGCCUGCUCUGGCUAGCAACGCCAGCUACUUGGAGAACGACACUCCUGGAGAUAUCAAGAAGGGAAUUCUAAGCCAAGCCAUCACCAUCGACUUCAACCGCAGUCUGCACGACACAACCCAAUGCGCUACGUUUACGGAGCUGUCCGCGGCCACCAACAAGAAUCCGUACGUAAUCCACACACGCCUGCUCUUUACCGAUGACAAGAUCACGGCCGUGCAAUCGGUUGUCGCGGACCAAGGCGACUGGGCGUUCAACGCGACGGGACAGCUCUACUGGACCAAGCAGGAGAAGUGGGACACGAUCCCAGAAGACAAGCGCGACAGCCGCGAGGUCAUCCAGGCCGCCGGUGAUGCGUACCUCGACAGCUGGGGUGAUGGUACUGUCACGGUCCCGUACGGCACGCCGUGUGCUCGUCUCGAGGGUGGCUCCUACACAGGGGGCUCUCGACCGACAGCCAACACAUGCGUGAUGCCGCAAUUCCCGCAGCCAUUUAAGGUCGAGAACCGCCGUUACGUCAUCGACGAGGAAGUCGGCGGUCUUGACAUCUUCAACGACUUCCCGUUCAUCGACGCGGGGAAGCCGGAUGGUACGCCUAGCACCAACUUUAUCCGGGUUGAGGGCGGCAAGCUCAGGUACAUCCACGAGGUCACCGUGUGCACGACUCGUAACUGUGGAAGAUGA